GUUAUAAGUUUUGAAUUUAUAGUAGAACACGAGAGUCAAUGAAACUAGGAAUUGGCAUACCUUCUUCUGUCUCUAUAUUUCUAGUACAUGUUUUCGAAUCACUGUAAACAUAACCUAAGUUACAGUAACUUAAGAUUUAAGUCUAAUAAAUAAGUUAUAAACAUAUAAAAAAAUGGUAUUGUUAGUUGAUAAGCUGAAAUUAAGACAGUUGUUGAAAAUACCUGUUCGAUAUAAAAAUCCAAAACAUCACUGGUCGGUACUUAAAAAAAGAAAAACAUCUAUAGACAAAGCAUUAGAGCAUUUUGAUGACUUUUAUGCAACUGUUUAUGGAAAAGUUUGGGAAGAUAUACGUGCUGUAUUGUUGGGUAAAAGUAAUAAAUAUGUGGCUGUUGUAAAUAAUUUCAGUGAUUCAGCUAAAGCUCAAUCUGAUUUAGAGUUACUUGGUGCAGUAAAUUUAAAAAAUGUAUAUGAUGUUUAUAAAGAAGAUAUAGAAAGAAGGAAACAAAUGAAAAAACAAAAUGAGUCAGAAACUGAGUCACAAAAGCCCAAUAAAGUAACAGAUGAUUUGGUAGAAAAAGCUCAUUUAGCAGAACUUGAGGCACUUUUUCCUGGUGAUCAUUCGAAAAUAAUUGAUGUAUUAAAGGCAGAAGGAGCUGCCAAACCUGAAGCACAGAUCACUGACCCCAGUGAAAUAAAAUUGCAAUCUAUAGAACAAGAAUUAAAUGAAGUUGAGAUUGAUAGUAGUCGCAUUAUUGAACCAAAUGUAAAUCUAUCUUUACUUCAUGAAUAUGUACCUGCAACAAAAAUAAAGGGUUUGGAUGACUGGGUUCUGGAAUCUGAUCAGUAUAAAUUCUACACCAAAGCUCAAGAUUUCAAAGUAGAUAUAGUAAAAGAAUCUGUUCUGUCAUUUCCAGAGCAUUUACAUGUAUACAUACAUGAAAAAGGUAACAACAGUAGAUUUCCAAAUCCUAAAAUAGGAACUACUGGUGUACGAGAUUAUUAUUUGAUGGAUGCUGGAUCUAUACUUCCUGUAUUAGCCUUAGAUAUACAGCCAAAUGAUGUUGUACUUGAUAUGUGUGCAGCACCUGGUGGGAAAACUUUAGCUAUUUUGCAGACACUUUUACCUCAAGUAGUAGUCGCCAAUGAUGUUUCACAUUCUAGAGUAAGGAGGAUAAAAGAUGUUAUACAGCAAUUUGGUUCAGAUAUACCGGAAUUACAAAACAUGUUUGUUGUAACAGAAAUGGAUGCUAGAGCAAUCGAUGAGAAAAAUGUUUAUAAUAAGAUCUUAGCUGAUGUGCCUUGCACAACAGACAGACAUGUUUUGCGGACUGAUGAGAACAAUAUAUUUAGUCCGUCAAGAAUUAAAGAGAGAUUGAAAAUACCAGAGAUACAAGCUGAAAUUUUAUCAAACGCAUUCAAAUUGGUGAUGGUAGGAGGUACAGUUGUAUAUUCAACGUGUACUCUUAGCCCUAUACAAAAUGAUGGUGUUGUACAAGUCGCACUGAAAAAGGUGUGGGAAGAAACUGGUGCUGUUAUGGCAGUGAAAGAUAUGUCUGAAGCAUUGUUACCUUUGAAGUCUGUAUAUAGUUUCGGUACAGUCGAUUUAAAAUAUGGUCAUAUUAUUAUCCCUACCGUUAAUAGCAAUUGCGGUCCAAUGUAUUUUUGUAAAAUAGAAAAAGUACAAGACGGCAAUGUUUGAUCGCUCGUCUCUUCGUCAGCUACUUUGGCUUUAUUCCACGGUUGUUCUUCGCCGCUUCCAAAAAUAGUAUAAACUACUACCUCGACAAUGUAUAAAACGACCGUUGUGAA